CAAUUUAAUCUUUGUCAGGAAACAUGCGAAAAUCUUGAGGAUGCGAGCAACGAGCUAAUUCUGACUGAUGAAGAGAUAGUGCGCUUCCAGAUAGGGGAAGUUUUUGCUCACGUACCAAAGGAAGAAGUGGAGAGCAGGAUAGAGAAUAUGCAAGAGGUCACUGCCAAGAACUUGGAGAAACUAGAGGAAGAGAAGGAAUCAGUAGUUUCUCAGAUGGCUGAACUGAAGAAGAUAUUAUAUGGGAAAUUCAAGGAUUCAAUCAAUCUUGAGGAGGACUAGUAAAAUUUCAUAAGUUUUGCUUACUGCUUAAGUGUGUAACUUCGUUGGAUUUGCUGUUUGUUGAAGGGUGUUCCUCUUGAUUGGAUUUUUCCAUGUCUCGUGUCUUAAACAGUUGAGAUUUUUAAUUCCUCAACAACAUUUUAAACAUGCAGGUCUAUGUUUUCUGCUCC